AUGAGUGUGGCGGAGUACGAGACGCAAUUUACUAAACUCUCUCGUUUCGCUCCAGAGUUAGUGUUGACCGACCAAAGAAGAAUUCGCCGGUUUGUCCAGGGUUUGAAUGUGGAGAUUCAAGAGGCACUGGCAGUUACUCAAUUGGAGAUGUAUAGUCAAGCGAUUGAAAAGGCACAAAGAAUUGAAAGUACUAAAAGUCAAGUAAAGGCCUUUCUUGAUAAGAAAAGAAGACAACCGGAUACAAGUAGUUAUAUUGAUGGACAAAGCUCGAGGAGCGAGCCACCAUCUAAGAUGAGCCGAGAAAUAAGUGGUCCACGAUCCACAGGGAUCCUAAAUCAAGGAAAUGUUGAGAAAAGUCAGGCAGGGAGAGAGACCCAAAGGGGUAUCUCACGAGGAGGUCCGACAUCAGGAUCUAGAAUGGCAUAUGGAUUUUGUGGGGCUGCUAACCACAUGGAAGAUAAUUGUUGGAAGAAAGGACAAGUUCGGAAAUGCUAUCGAUGUGGUAGUGCUGAGCACCUGAUUGCUCAGUACCCUCACCUACCAAAAGAAGGAAAUUUGCCAAGGGCAGAAGGGAACACGUCUAAGCCGACCAAUGCCACGGGUAAUCGACCGAAAGUGCCGGCAAGGACCUAUGCAAUGGGACAUCAAGAGGUGGCAGACCCAUUGGCAAUCAUCGAAGGUACCCCCUAUCUUCCAUCGUAUUGA